UGUAUCGUAUAAAAUAUGGAUUUCAAGACCAUAAUACGCGAUCAAAGCGGGAUCAACGCACUGCAAUUUUUCAAAGCUGUCGGUAUAUGGCGUCGCAAUCCUCAAACUGUAAACCGUAGGAUUCUUGCAUCAAUCGAAGUACUGAACGUUGAAGUUUACUGCGACAUUUCUCAAGUUUUUCAGCAUAUCAAUACCUUGGACGUUUCAACUUUAGGUACGGAUUGUCAAAAGGAUAACAUUGAUAACGUAAAAUUAUUGGAUGUACUACGCACUUUCGAUCAGCAGAUGGCUGUUACAACAGCCAGCCGAAAGAUCCACGUGUACGUGGUAAAACAAUUACCACGUACGCCACACAUAUUUUCCACUGGUGUCGAAUUUUUUUUAUCGUGUGUCGAAGAAAGUUGCGUAAUAAAUGUCCACAAACCCUUUUCCUCAUAUAAACAACCUCUUGGUGCUAGAAUGGCAUUUAUGUUACAACAAGGAGGAGACGGUUUCACAUCCAUUAGUGUCUAUCAACCGAAUAACGUUAUGUCCGAUUUCAGCAUUGAAUGGUUAAAGCAAAAACUGUUCCCAUGUAUCCUGAAGUGGGCGGUAAGCAGUGACUGUAAAAGGACAUCGAUCCCGUUGUCUUCGUUAAAUCUCGUAUCGGCUGAAAAAUAUGCAGAACUGUAUUGCAAAUUGAAAGAGAAAUAUGGCAAAAAAUUGAUAGAGAACUGGCCAGAAAAUACUGAUCCAAUGAAAUUUGUUUACGAAGACAUCGCAAUCGCUGCCUACUUGUUGCUGUUGUGGGAGAAGGAGAGAGUCGAGACGGGGACUAGUAAUUUACAAUCGUUUAUCGAUCUGGGAUGCGGUAAUGGUUUACUCGUGCAUGUUUUAUUCAACGAAGGUCACCGUGGAUUAGGAAUUGAUUUACGAAGGAGGAAAAUAUGGGACAUGUACCCACCUGAAACUCCAUUGCAAGUUUGUACUGUUGUUCCAUCUUCUUCGACGGUAUAUCCAGAAGUGGACUGGAUCAUAGGAAAUCAUUCAGACGAAUUGACACCGUGGAUUCCGAUAAUUGCUGCGCGUAGCUCCAACAAUUGUCGUUUCUUUUUAUUGCCUUGUUGUCCAUACGAGCUGAAUGGCGCAAAGUAUCAGAGAUAUUGUGCCUCGAAAAGUCAAUAUUCUGAGUACAUUGAUUACGUGAAAAACAUAUGUUUCCAAUGUGGUUUCACGACGCAUCUUGAUAAAUUAAGAAUUCCCUCUACAAAACGAACAUGUCUGAUUGGAUGGGAAAGAACACACGAAGAGAUUGAAACUCGAGAAGAUCGUAUUCAACAAAUGUUAAGCGCAAAGACAACUCUGACUCUACAAAAAUACCAAUCGAGCGAUGAAACAAUCGAAGCAGCUGAAGCAAUUGAAGAGUGGACUUGCGACUUCAAGCCACGGGACAAAGUGGAAAAAGUACGGAACUGUACGCAAUUGGACAAAACGCUAAUUGCGAAUAUCGUUGAUAUCGUAUCGAAUCAGUUACUCCAUGAAGGUCACGCCAUAACCACCGAAGAGACACCCAAGAAACUUUGGAACGCUGGCAGACGUCUCGAAUUGCGUAAAGUCGCUGAAUCAAUUCCUAGAGAAACCAUGAUACAUUUACGGAAAGAAUGCGGGGGUCUUCAAACCUUACUGAAAAAUCACAAUCAUAUAUUUCGCGUUGUUCAAGGAAGAGUAGAAUUCAGAGUACCUGGAGCAGCAGAAAGGAUUAACGAAAAACCGAAGAAAAACAAGUUAUCGUUGCCACGGGUGAAGACUAAACCUUGCUGGUUUUAUAAAAAUCAUCCAGACGGUUGCCCCGUAACUGAAACAAAAUGUAAUUACAAACAUUAAUACAUCAGUUCGUUCGUACACCAGAUCGGCAAAGAGCAAUU